CGGGUUUUCACCUCGCCCGGCUUCUUCGGUGCCGCCCUCUCGCCUCGAGUUCCUUUUCGGUCGCGGCGGGCGGGCGAAGGGAGCGUCUCCAAAGGGGGUUGCGAGGAACCGCCGCCGCCCUCACGAUGAAGAUUUGGACCUCGGAGCACACCUUCGAUCACCCCUGGAAGACUGUUACUACAGCUGCUAUGCAGAAAUACCCAAAUCCCAUGAAUCCCAGUGUAGUUGGAGUUGAUGUUCUGGACCGGCAUGUAGAUACUAAUGGAAAAUUACAUAGCCAUCGGCUGCUUAGUACAGAAUGGGGAAUGCCAUCGAUUGUAAAAUCACUUAUUGGUGUUUGUAGAAUGAGAACCUAUGUACAAGAGCACUCUGUAGUUGACCCAGUUGAGAAAGUAAUGGAGCUCAAGUCUACUAAUAUUUCAUUUACAAAUCUGGUGUCAGUAGAUGAGAGACUAAUUUAUAAGCCACAUCCUCAAGAGCCAGAAAAAACUAUUUUGACUCAAGAAGCAACAAUUUGUGUUAAAGGAGUUAGUCUCAGCAGUUACCUAGAAGGACUAAUGGAAAACACAAUUUCUUCUAAUGCUAAAAAAGGACGUGAAGCAUUGGAAUGGGUAAUCAGCAAACUUAAUGCUGAAAUAGAGGAAUUCACUUCUUCGGCAAGAGGAAAUAUGAGAUCUCCUAUAGCAGCUGCAGCUUUUAUGGAAGAAUAGUAUAGAAGCUGUGCAUGAGUUGUUAGGCCUGAUAUUUUGAAAGGAACACUUUCAAACUUCCUCAAAGCUGGAAAUAUUUAUUCUUCUACCUAAUCAAAAAUGGAUCAGUAGUCCAGAUUUUUAAAUUAAAAUUUUGAAGAGAACUUACCUAAAUCUGUAUGUGAAGGCGACAUGGAUGACUUUCUGUUGGGUUGUACAUUCCUUUAAACUGGAAUGCAGGCAUUCAAGACAGUUUAUGUGCUCGCAGGAAUAUAUUCUGGACACAGGAUUUUGAGCAGUUUGUUACAGGGUUUGGCUUCGAAGAACAAAAGCUAUUACUUGAAAUACAAUCCAUUCUAAAAUGCUUUUUUAUAGGCUGCUUUCAUGAAAGUUACAAUUUGCUAACAUGAAGAGUUUGACACUUAACAUCUAUGCUUACAGAAGCUCCACAAUUUUGAAAGCUUUGUAGUAUUCAAUUUCUGGAUUUGGCAGAAACUGCAUGCUAUAUAAUUGGAUGUGGACUAAAGGUGGCUUUGCUCAAAAUGUUACGAUUUCAGUUUUUCAGAGUCUCUACUUGGUAAAGAUAGUUUAAUUGUUGAAAAAUGCAACUUGUUGAACAUACUCAUUUUGGUCCUCCAUUUUCUAAGAAUCAGAAUUUGUGUAAUAGCUACAUUUGUGGGUAGAAAUCACUUCUCCAUUUUAAAUGAAAUGCAUAAUCAUGAUUUAUAUACUCCAGACAACUGAAGUCUCUUAAAUUGUAUUUUGUUGUUUUUAACUCUUAAAGAACAAAACAAAAUCAGGGGAA